AUGGACUUCACGGACGUCGGAAUCCGCCAUACCCUUCUCAACAGUGUACAGCUUCAUCAUUUCUUUGAUUUCUCGCCGUCCGCUGCUGCCAUUGCUAAGGAGGCUCGUUUCUGCGUUAUUGCCGUUGUUGUUGGCUGGAUCACCACUCGUGUUGUCUCCAGUCUCCGUGUCAAUCCACACAACAUGAUGAGAACUUUAGCUUCAUUGGUAUUGUUUGCCGCAGGAGCCACGGCUCAGGUUGUUGAAAGCUCAAGCUUUGGUACCGGUAAAACGAUAUCACCAAACCGAGAUUCCAUUCCAGGAUGGGCAAUUGGAGGCGAGGGACAUGAUCCUUCUCUUUUGUCGGACAAGCUCAUCCUAACACCUCCUUACCCGGGUAACACGCGGGGAUCUGUUUGGGCACAAAGCCCAGUCUCUCAAUCGGAAUGGUCUGCAGAGUUCCAAUUCCGCGCGAGUGGCCCGGAACGCGCAGGCGGUAUUCUUCAAUUGUGGUAUACCAAGGAUGGGCAGGCCCGCAUUGGUACUUCCAGUAUCUACACUGUCGGCCAGUUCGACGGAUUCGCGCUCGUCAUUGAUAAUCACGGCGGAAGAGGUGGAAGCAUUCGUGGUUUCUUGAACGACGGAACAACCGACUAUAAGAGCCAGAACAGCCCCGAUAGCUUGGCCUUUGGCCAUUGCGACUAUUCUUACCGCAACCUAGGCCGUCCUUCAGUUGUCAAGCUAAAGUCCACCAGCUCAAUCUUCGAGGUCACCAUCGAUGACAAGCCCUGCUUCUCGACCAACAAGAUUACCCUGCCAGCCGGAAACACCUUCGGUAUAACAGCCGCGACUCCCGAGAACCCAGACUCAUUUGAAAUCUUCAAGUUCAUCCUCGAGUCCGCCUCUGGGGGCCAAACGAUCCCCUCUAACCAGGGAAGCGUGCCCCAGCAGGCCCAGCAGCCCAUUGUGAACCAGAACCCACCCGUAGUUCAGGGCGGAGGUAGCCCGGCGACCGACUCCGGCCUGGCCGCGCAGUUCGUCGACCUCAGCGGCCGCCUCCAGCUCACAAACAAGGCUACCAACACCAUCCUCCAAGAUCUCAAGAACCAGGCAUCCAAGGGUGAUGCCCGCCACACGGAGUUGCUCCAGAAACUGGCAUCCCAGGACCAGAUCGCUGCCAUCCUCGACGCGAGACUCGCCCGUAUGGAGCAGCUGCUCCAGAAUAUCCAACGUGAUGUCGAGGGCAAAGAUUAUAGCAGUCGGUUUAACCAGCUGCAUGAGACUUUGCGCUCUUCUCACCUGAGCCUGAGUGAGAACCUGCAAGGUCACUUGUUGAGUGUGAUCACCGCCUCAUCCCCUCGCAUGGGCUUCUUCCUGUUCAUGUUGAUUGCGUUCCAGAUCCUCCUUGCAGUAUCCUACGUCAUCUACAAGCGUCGCCGAGCCAACAUGCCCAAGAAGUUCCUCUAA